CCGCUCGCGCCCCGUUCUGGCCUCCCGCCGCCUCUGCUUCCGCCUCCCGCUCUCAGGUACGGGGCGGGCUGAUAUGGACGCGAUGCCACCGCUCAUCAACGAGCGGGGCGAGACGAGACGAUAUACGAGAUUGGGAGACGGGCGACGUCUUGCCUUCGCAAAGUCCGCAACAAUGACACCCUCUCCCUCAUCCUCGGACGACGAGUUUGCACACCGCAGUGGCACCAGUCAAAAUGCUUCCAGAAGGCGCCCCCGAGCGUCUUCUUCUUCCUCUUCCUCUGGCUCCUCUAAGCCGCCUCAGAGGAAACAGGCCACCGACCAGUCGUUGCCGCAGCAGGACGUCGCGAGCAUAGCCAGAGCAGCCAGCGUAGCAAGCGCCGCGAGCGCAGCCAGCGUCGCGGGCGUCGCGAGCGACGCGAGCGACGCGAGCGACGAAGGGGAGGACGCCAAAAUCGACGGGCUAAAUGCGUCCACAACGCGAGUCCUUCGCGAAAAGCCCUGGGAGAAGAGCACCGUUCCACCGUCAGUCAAGUUGCCCAAGGCCAUGGACCAGCUGUGCCCACCAGAGAUGAAGGAGGCUGUGCGGUGGGCGAGGUGGAAUGAAGACGGCGAGGCUUGCUUGGACCCACGCAGAUAUGAGUUUGUCUUCAAGGCAACGGACGGAUCCGUACUCUGGGCACGAGGUUGUGGGCUUUGCGAGCCCGAUGAGGUGUGCAAGGUGGCAGGCAACAAGCCUUGCGCCAAGUGCGCGAUCAAGAGCAAGUCUUGCUCCGCCGGUCUCGACCUCUCCAACAAGUUGACGCUCGCCUUCAUCGUCUGGCUCAUCAACCAUCUCGUGGCCAUCAACGACGGCGUCGCCUCGUACGCUGCCAUUGGCGUCGAAGGGCUCAAGAAGACCUUUACAAACAAGACGGGGCUACAGCCGACGAAGCAGGGAGCCCGCAAGGCCGCAAAGGAGGGGAUUAACGAUGGGAGCGGGUUCACAAACCCAUUCAAAAAGCCCGUACCGCGCUCGACCUACUCACAGAGGGCUAGAGCCGAGGAGGUCCAGGAAAUCUACUGGGCAGAGAGGACGGCCUUUGCCAUGGCCCAUUACCUUCGCAAUCUUCGCCACGCUGCUGGUAUGCAGCAUCGCAGGCUGUAUGGCCAAUGGCCCCAGCUCGACGACCCAGAGCCUGAUGAGCCUCAUGGCAGGCAGCCGACUCUGUGGGCCGAGGACCUCUUUGCCGGGGAGGACGAGGAGGAGGAGGGCGAAGGCGGUGAGGUCCGUAGCGAGCAAGACGGCGGCGGCGAUGACGAGGACGGCAGCGAGGUAGGAGGAUGCAGCAAGGAGGACUUGCGAAGGGCUGAUCCUCGAGGAGAGGGACAGAAGAGAUGGGCGAAAAUCCAAGCUCAUCGCUCCAAGGCUGCAAAGGGCAAGACGAAGCCCAGCGGCGCAUUGAUCCGUUUUGCACCACCGAACGACAAAGCAAUGCAACCCUCCGACGCCUCCGCCUCCGCCUCCGCCUCUUCCCGCGCAAAGCGGCCUCUCGCUCUGGCCAUUGAGUCAGACGCGUUCAUCGCUGUUGACGGCAGCCCUCACAUUUCAUACCAGACGGCCAAAGGACAAGAGUUCAGCAGAACUUUCGUCGGCCGAGAGCCAUUUUCAAGCCAAGUAGUCUACACGGAGACGACACUGGACGCCCGUCUCCGACUUCCAUCCUCUACAAUCAUUGUUCCCAUCGCAAACCCAGAUGGCGUACCGGAGGCCGCCGUCUCCCUCGGACGAUCGGCGGUGCCUUCGAUCUGGUUUCCUCUCUUCGGAAGCGAGGAGCGGAAGAGGCCGAGGACAAUGAAGCAGCCUGCGGCUGCACCAGGGGGCGAAGACAGCGGCCAUCAACAGCAGGGAGGACCGACAGGCGGGCAGGAGGGAGGAGGGGCGGCGAAGGGAAAGGGAAGGGCUACCGAGGGAGCCCUGAAGCCUGCCGUCCCGAUAGAUGUCAAUGAGGCUGCACACUCCUAUUGCAGUCGACACUUCUCCGGCAAGCGAGAGACGCCAAUGAAUGGACAGUGCGGCAUAGCCGCCAUCCUGAUGGGACUCGGCGCUGAGCCAACGGCGGAGAAGAUGGCUGCCUUCCGUCGCAAGUUGCAGGCCUGGAUUGCGGAGCCAAAGAACCGCAAGGAGCUUCCAGGGAUCGCCGCCAUCCUGGAGAGCGACCUCGACGACAUCAUCGUACCCGAUGACAUCCUCGAGCAAGUUGGCAAAGGUGGUAUGCUGCCCGCCAAGUACUGGCUCAGGUCUUCUUGGCUCCCGCCCGUGGCGCAUAUGGAGGAGGUUGUCUUGUCCGUGCUGGACCUGAAGCAUGGACCCAAGGCAUCCUACACCAUCGCGCCGAUAAGGAUCAACAAGAUCCCUAUGCGUCCGCGCAUUGUCCUCAUUUACGACCAGGACAAGGCGCAUUGGGAGCUGGGCAAGAUUGGCGGCAGCCACGACGGCGACAACGACGACGACCACGACCACGACCACGACCACGACGACGCCUUUCGCUUCCCUGCGCCGCCUCUGAGGAUUCAGCACCUCGGGGACAAGGCGGCCAAGUACAUCGGUGCGAGCUACCACGACAGGCUCCACAUGACCCUGUCAAUUGAGACACGGGUGCAGCCUGGCUCGAAGGAAGCCGAUGCACUAAACGCCAUCUGUCACUGUCUCGCUCAGCCUGGCAUCCCGGACCCCAACAUCAUCGAUGUCGACAAGUCCGCUGCGCAGGCGAGCAAGGGCAAGGUGGCGGCGAGCGCGGCGAGCGCGGCGAGCGGGGCGAGCGGGGCGAGCGCAUCCACGUCGCAGCCAAAGGCGACGAAGAUGGCAGCCCUCGAAGCUCGCCGAAAGGAUGCGUCUGGGUCGGCAGUAGCGUCAGGGUCGGGGCCAGCGUCUAGCUUGGGCGCAAAGGCGGAGAGGCCCAAGCCCAGGCCCUCCGUUUCAAGCCGCAACCAGGAGGAGGACGAGGAGUGGACGCCGGCGAGCGAGAGGAGGGUAACGAGGAGCAGGUCGACGACCCCGGGGAUCAAGGCCCCCAGCAGGCCUACUACGCCUGCUCCGAGCACGCCUGCGGGAAGCAAGUCGGCAGCAAUGAGAGGAAAGGGCGAGUAGAUGGGGCGGAGGAGGAGGCGGGGGCGGCAGAGGUGGAGGAGGAUGAGUAGGACGAGGAGGCG